CCUCUUGUCUAAUUCUUUGCUAUGUUCUUCUCUCUCGGAAGUCUUCACCUUCUUUCAAUCCAUAUAUAUAGCUCCAAAUAAACAGUCUUUGAUCUAUUCCAAGGAACCUCGCAUCUGCUCUUGUUCUUCGGAAUUCACUUAUAAGUCCCCCCAUAGAAAUCGAAAUCUAGAGAUAAUCACAGAGAUGACAGAGAGCGACGCCAAGGAAAUCGGUUACGAUCUGGUGAUGGCUCUAUUAUCUUCUUCUGUGAUCAUUCUCGGGAUCCUCCUUGCGAUAUCGUGCAAGAAAAAGCCGGCCGAGUCCGAAGAAGCGCUUCCGGUCAAGGUUUGUACGCGGGCAUACCCUUUAACCGAUAUUGAUUCUGCUACAGACGGUUUCAACCCCGCAAGAAUGAUUGGCCAGGGCCGGGUCGGGACGGUUUAUGCUGCCGCCCUAGCCAGUGGUGAACUCGUCGCCGUGAAGAGGAUUCAUUCGGGCCUCGUCUUGAGCCAUGCAGGCUUCAGGUUCUCGUCCGUGAUCAAGACGAUCUCUUUGGCUCUACACCCGAACAUAGUCCCCAUCUUCGGGUUUUCACAAGCGCCGGGAGAGAGGAUAUUGGUAACCGAGUUUGUUGGCUUGGGAAGCUUGGAAUUCUAUUUGCAUCAGAACACGGAUGGGGCAUCUCUUCUGGAUUGGACCCGGCGGGUGCGGAUCGCUGCCGGGGCGGCUCGGGGACUUGAGUACUUGCACGAGGGCAUGGUGCCUAGCAUAGUACACGGUUGCGUCAAGGCCUCCAACAUCUUGAUCGACCCCAAUUUCUGCGCUAGGGUCUCCGACUACGGCUUGGCGUUCUUGGCGCCGCGCGAGAGGAGAGGCCUCAUCGGAUUCGUGGAUGAUGAGUAUUGGAGCGAGAGAGGAGGGUCAUUCUUGGCUUGCAAAGAGACUGAUGUCUAUGGAUUUGGCGUGGUUUUGUUGGAGCUCUUGAGUGGGAGGAGGUGCGAAGAAGGCUUGCUUGUGAACUGGGCAUUGCCUUUGAUCAAGGACAUGAGGUUUGGUGAGCUCUUGGAUCCUAGGCUUGUGAUUCCAGGUGACUUGAAGCCUCUCGUGAGGUUGGCAAGAGUUGCAUUGGCUUGUGUGGGCAAUACAAGAAAGAACAGGCCUUCCAUCGCGCAGGUCGCGGUGAUUUUGAACAAUUUGGAGAGGGACAUUCGUUCUUGAUGGUCUCUGUGUGUCUCUGCCAUUAACGAAGAUAGAGAUCUCGCCCCGCCGGACGAUCCCAAGAGUGGAUCGAGUAUCGCUCUCAAAUGGUGGAAGGCAGUUUUACUCCGAGCAUGAACAAGGAGAAGCUACCGAUGCAAGAGGAUCCACUCGACGAUACAGCGGUCGAUCGGGGUUUCAAUCAGGUGCACAUGUUUGAUCCUCAGAGACGAUCAGUGGUUUGCGUCGAACCUUUUCGGGUCAAGGAAAUUGCUUCUUCCGGUGGGCGACGAGAACUUCCCGCCACCCAAGCAGGACGGGCCUGCAAGAAACAGGAAUUUACAAUGAUGUCACCUCUUUGUUACGGAGUCUCCUUUGACUUUCAAUAGUCCAUGGCAAGAUCCAUCCAUGUCAAAACGCGUUUGGAUGCACCAGUGCGGAAAUUGCCAAAUAAGGUUCGCUCGUGUAAGUUCACGAUAUCUUGUCAAUUUCGAAUGGGAUCACUCAUUUGAUCUACGAUUGAAGUGCGUUGGAUCUACAUGAAUCGAGCUCGUUCGAAAGUUGUCCCGUGAUGGGUUAUUAUUAUUAUUUUAUUAUUAUUUAUUUUUAUCUUUCCUCCCGAUAAAUUACUUUUUUUCUUUUUUAAUGGUUUGGUAUGAAGUGAAUUGGAAAAGGUCCAAAGGAGGGUGCGCUGGGAGAGGUCAACAACUUUGUUUUCGUGUGGAAUGGAGGCAUCCCUUUGUGGGGAGUGAAAGGGACGCAUGCAUUGGACUUCUUGGUUGAUCUAUCGCAAUUCUAACUUGUUUUUUGCGACAUGUACGCUGUUUUUGAACGUGCGUCGAUGGAUUUCUAUAUCCACUAGCAUC